CGAUUGUGAUUGGUUCUGGCAAGGUUAAACUCAGUCAGUCACGAAGGUUUGGUGCGAAAACACUGUUUGCAGAAAUUAUAUUUUAUCGAGUUUGUUAAUCAUUACAUCCAUUGGCAUAUACAAGUGCUGUUCUCGGAUACCAAAAUUAACCGUACAGUACCGUAUUAUUAUACUCGGUGGAAAGUUAACAUGCGUUUAUUCAACUAUACUAGAGCUACUGUAGGACGGUGUUUACCUUUCAUUGUUAUUUUUCUUGCGUUUGUGUCUUUGACAUUAUGGUUUGAAAACAAAUAUACUUUGAAAAUAUACGAUUUUAAGAAGUUUAUCGGCGAGACGGACGAUGGAAUAGUAUCAAGAAACGGACAUUUUCUGGAAAGCGUCAAUGCUUCCAUCUUCUUGAAUAAAUGUCGCCUUGUGGCUAACAGGAGAAAUACUGCAGAUUUAAGAAUUAUAGUUCUUACUUACAAUAGAAGUAAUGCUUUGAUGAGACUUUUGGAGUCACUGGACAAGGCUGACUAUGGAGGAAGUACCGUUGUGUUAGAAGUUUGGAUUGAUCGCAAACAAAAUGAACAAUAUUCCAUACAAACGGUGGAUACCUUGUCGAAAUUCUAUUUUGAGGCAGGAUUCUGUGAUAUUCAUUUACAUCCAACACAUGUGGGAUUAAGAGGACAAUGGCUUGACACCUGGAAACCCAAGGACAAGGAAAUUGCAGUGAUUUUAGAAGAUGACCUGACUGUGUCACCAUACUUUUACAAAUAUCUGCGACUCAUGUUUGAUCUUUACGGUAAUAGAUCAGAUGUCAGUGGGUUUACCUUGCAAGGUCAAAGUAUCAAACACGACCCUUCGGCGGGAGGACAACUGGACAUAGACCCUAAACACAAAGUAUUCCUCUAUCCCACACUUGGGACGUCAGGUUUUGCACCGAAUUUCCGCCAGUGGCAGGCAUUCAAAGAAUGGCUAAAAGAUGUUUUGACUUCGGGGACGAAAGUCCCCCUAGUUCCAAACCACAUAUCGUCCGUAUGGUACAAACAGUUCGAGGUGACAGGAAGGACAGACACGAUGUGGGAGAUGGAAUAUCUGUAUUACACCUGGAAACACAAACAGUACACACUCUAUCCGAACUUCAAAGAUCACAAAGGGUUGACGUUUAACUGGUAUGAAGAUGGACUUCACUCGACUGGUGAGCGGCGAGGGAGCGGUGAAGACCAACGACAUUUGGUAAUGAACUGGACCUUGGUUGCUGCGGCCCUUCCACGGAUUCCCGCAUACGUCAACAAUGCCGGACAAGUGAUCAAGGACGAAGUGCCUUAAAAUUAAAGUGAUUUAUAUACAAUGUAUCCCAGCUCGUGUUGUUUUUAGAAUAAAUAAAGAGGUUGGGAAAUGCUACUUGCAUGUAGUUGUUCUACGUUUUUCGUAAUUCGUCCGGUGGACGUGUGUACGGUGUACUUUUGUAUAGGUACUUUAAUGAUGUGUUAAUGUAUAUCAAUGUAUACAACAGUUAUGACAUGUAUAUAAACUUGAGGAAUUAAUGCAUCUGUCAAUUGUAACCACGCCCCCCCAGGUCCGGGGAAUAGCGGGGACUUUGACUUUAGGUCCAGCCAACUCCGGGUAAAAAUCCUGCUGGUAAAAUGCCCGCCAAAUGCCCGAAAACCCCAGGGACCCUCGUAAAGGUCUGUUCCCCGCUAUGUUUGGUGCGAUGACAAAACCACCCCAUUCACCCGGCACUGCGGGGCCACUUGAAAUGUAAUAACUAGAUCCAUUUCCCCGGCUAUCCCCGGUAUACCCCCGGGGGCGUGGUUACAAUUGACUGAUGCAUGACGUAUGCCAUUACCGGUGAUUAGGUGAAGUACACAGUAAAUAAAGGAUUUCUCAAACGUUUGUUUGCAACUCAGUUGCAAUUUUGGUGUGUACCUGUAGCUUACAGUACACAUACAAGUUGUAUCACGCAAGUCCUCAAUUAUCGAUAUGUAUGGUAUAUGUGGUAAUUCUCGUCAUGUAUCGCACUUUACAAGUACAUGAUGGAACAGAGUUAAACAGAGAAGGUACCUCCUUGACAAUGUAUGAAACGCAUGUGCACUUUAUUUUAUUUACGUGUUGUUUGUUCAUGCUGCUGUUACUUUGACUGUAAUAUGUAAAAUAAAUAAAGGGACAUCUGGAAA